GCGGCCGUGAGGAGGUGCCCUCGGCUGUUCCACCUUCUGCCGCUGUCGCCGGGCUGCGCCGCUCGAGCCGGGACGCGCCUCCGCGCUCCUCGCCGCCUCCAGCCCCGCGGCCGCCGCUCCCCUCGCCCUCGGCGCGCCCACCAUGACGAAGAAAGACAAGAAGUCCUUCCACCAGAGCCUGGCCGAGUGGAAGCUCUUCCUCUACAACCCGACCACCGGAGCGUUCCUGGGGCGCACCGCCAAGAGCUGGGGUUUGAUCUUGCUCUUCUACCUAGUCUUUUAUGGGUUCCUGGCUGCACUCUUCACAUUCACAAUGUGGGUUAUGCUUCAGACUCUGAAUGAUGAAGUUCCAAAAUAUCGAGACCAGAUUUCUAGUCCAGGACUUACGGUUUUUCCAAAACCAGUGACAGCGUUGGAAUAUUCAUUUAGUGUGUCUGAACCAGAGUCCUAUAAAGGGUAUAUUGAAGACCUUAAGAAGUUUCUAACGCCAUAUGCUUCGGAAGCACAGAAGAAUCUUAAAGUCUGCACCGAUGGAGCCCUCUCUGAACAGAAGGGUCCAGUUUAUGAAGCAUGUCAGUUUCCUCUUAACUUACUUGAAGCAUGCAGUGGGGAGAAUGAUCCUGAGUUCGGCUACUCCCAAGGACACCCUUGUAUUCUUGUGAAAAUGAACAGAAUAAUUGGAUUAAAGCCUCAAGGACAACCAAGGAUAGAAUGCACUGGUAAUUCUAAGGGUGAAAACACAACAACUCUACUAGCUUAUCCUCCUGAGGGAAACAUAGACUUAAAAUAUUUUCCAUAUUAUGGGAAAAAACUGCAUGCGAGUUAUCUACAGCCAUUAGUUGCUGUCCAGCUCAACUAUACUGCUAGCAGUACCCCAAAAGAAGUAACAGUCGAGUGCAAGAUUGUUGGAUCAAAAAACCUGAAAAACUAUGAUGAUCGUGACAAGUUUUUAGGACGAGUUGCUUUCAAAAUCACAAUGCGUGCAUAGUAGGAGUUAGAAUAUGUCCACAGAGUAAAUGUUGUGUUGUUUGUCUUUAUUUUGUAUCAGCCGGACCUGACAUUCUAGAAUUAUGAGACCACCUGAGAAAGAGGUGGGGUGGUACAUGACACUGCGGUAACAUUGUAAUGUGCUUCCCAAUCGUAGUGUUCGGUGUCCUCUGAAGUAACUGCCUGUUGCCUCUGCUGCCUUUGGAACCAUUGUACAGUCGUCAGAUGGGGACUGUGAACACCUGAUUCUGAACAUGUGGGUCUUGUCCUAUUUUUUUAUGUGGUUUAAUUGCCAAGUGUCUAAAGCUUAAUGUGCUGUGCCAUGUAAAUAUUUUAUAGAUUUAACACUGGUUAACUGUCAUAUAUUGAUGCCAACCAAGUUUUAGAGGUAAAAUGGUACCUGACCAGCAUGAAGUGACUUUACAGCUGCAAGAAAUGUGUGGGGAGAAGUUCUGUGUGUGCGGAGGAAAAAAGAAAAUAAAAGCAGAUUUGAAAGGUU